AUGCACGCAUGUUUGAGUCUGAAAGCUAACCUGAAGACUCAAGCCACCCCAUCUGCAGUUGGCUGUCAAACCAUCUCUGAGCGUGGUUCCGUGGCUUCUAGUCCCGCAUUUUCCAUAUCAAAUUUGAACUUCUCACCAAGAGACAUCACGUCGAUAGUCUCAAGCCCCGCUGCUCCUUCUCCUGUGUCCUCUUUAGGAGAAACAACCUACCCUCACAACACAACUUUCGCUGGACAAAGCCCUGCCCCCAUCAACCAACUUUCAGCGGCUCACUCUUCGGCAUCCCACUCAGUUGUUUCAAAUGUUGUUUCUAAUGAACAACUUCCUCGCCGUUAUCAACAAGAUGACGAAGAUCGUAUCAGAGAAGAAUUAUCUGAGGCAGAGGAUUCACUUGGUAUCAACCACUCUCAGACACUUGAGCUCAGGAUCAGCUUGGGCGAUGUCCUUGUCUCACAAGGUAGAUACAAAUCUGCAGAAGAGACAGCUCGCAGAGCGAUAGAGGAUUGUCGAAGGCUUGAGAGCAAUAGCGCCAUUAUGAUGGAUGCAAAUGAUCUUCUUGUCGGCAUAUUGUGCGAUCAAGGGUCAUUGUAUCAAGCCGAGAAGUUAGCAGAGUCGGCGUUUGAGUCCAGUAAAGCCAUCUUGGGAGAGGAACAUCCAUCCACUCUACGUAGCAUGGUAAGUCUAUCGCGGCAAUAUUUCAGAAGUAGAAAAUUGAAAGACGCCGAAGACCUCUGUGCGCGAGCAAUCAAGAUCAGCAAAAAGUCGUAUGGAGAGAGACAUACGUCUACGUUGGAAUAUAUGGCGAGGUUAUCGUUUAUAUACUCUGAGCAAGGGCGAUUGAGCGAUGCUGAAAAGCUUUCAUUGCAAGCCCUACAGAUGAGAACAGAAUCUUUUGGAAAGAUGCACAAAUCUACGCUCAUAACUAUGGCUGAUGUGGCAUAUUUAUACUGUUUGCAAGGCCGAUCGAAGGAUGCCGAGGAAAUGCAGGUUCAAGCAUUGGAGAUGUCAAUACUUUUGUUUGGGGAAGAGCAUCCAGACACGCUGGAAUAUCAAAUGGAACUAGUAGAGAUAUAUGUGAACCAAGGACAGCUCAAUAAGGCUGAGGAUCUGUGUGAACAGGCGUUGAUGGGAAGGAGGAAAGUAUAUGGGGAACAGCACCCUGAUACACUCAUGGCUAUGAACUUCAUGGUGCGUGUAUAUAUAGGUCUUCGACGGUUUAAAGAGGCUGAGGAUUUGGGAGCGCAAGUACUGAUAGCUAGGAAGAAGGUCCUUGGCGAGCAGCAUCCCGAGACUCUUUAUACAGCGGGCCUGAUGGAAGAAAUAUACGAGGCUCAAGGGGAGUUAGCAAGGGCUGAAGGGUCUAAGGAGCAAGAGCCAGUGUUGGAGAUGGAUUGGAGGGCAUCAUAA